ACACACACACACACCCUCUCUCUCUCUCUCUCCAAAAUCACCAUUCUCUCUCUAAAAUCAAUCACCCUUCUUUAUUCAACCACCACUAGUGACAAUAACCAUGGCAACACAACUAGCCCUUCAAUACUACGGCCACGCCACCAAGACCAGGCCGUCCGCCCUCCUAAACUCCAUAUUCAUGACGACGGUGAACGCGGCGGCGAAGACCCUCGUGGCGGUGGCAUCGAAGACGAAGGCGGAGCACGUGGACCGGUGGCGCCCCGCGGACCACAUGAGGUACAUGCUCAUGCUCAUGACGUGGACGGCCGUCUGGCUCCUCAGGGUCUUGAUGGACCAUUUGCCGACUUCUCUUGUGGGGUCGUCGUAUUCGUCAUCGUAUCUCCUCCAGGGAUACUCCUCCGCCACGGCCGGCGGGUCGUUCGACUUCCCGCCGUUGCCGUCGUCGGCUUUGACCCCUUCUUCUUCGCUGGAUUUGGUGCUACAUGAUGGCUCCGAUGGGCCUUUGGCUCAAGGUCUUGGCAGGUCGCUCACUCAUAUAUUCGCGCUGCUAAACGAAAUGUCAGCGUCAUCCCGGAAAUACCAGUUCGCGGUGGCGAUGGCCGACAAGAUUGUGGACGAGAACACCCGAAACGGACACACGGAACUCAUGCAAAUCAACCGCAUUGCACUCUCCUCUGCAUUCGCCCGUACUCUACACCUCCUCUACCGCUCUCUCAAGAGCACCGGCCAAUCAUCGGACGAGUACUACUCUGGCCCACGCGCGUGGGCCUCACGAGUCAUACGCGCCCUGCCGAUGGGCUCGGUGUUGUACCCGUAUGUGAGGGGUCUGGGGAUAUGUAUUGGGACAAUUUAUUCCACGGUGGUGGCAGGCGGGGCUCAGGUUGAGAAGGAGAGGAGAAGGGCAGCGCGGGGGGAGGAUAGUGGGGAAGUGUUGGCGGAGAAGUACGCGCAAGAGUUGAUGUGGAUAACAAAUAAGAUGAUGAUGUGUGGGGCAGUGGAUGAAGCGGUAGUGCAGUGGAGUUUGGCAUCGGGUUUAGCUUCUCUUUCCCUCACUGCCAGUCCUAGGGUCCAAGGUUCCAUUGUUAAAAUAUCAUCCAUCCUAAUUGGAGAGCUUACAAGAGGGGGACUCGAGGUACCAGGCCAAGUAAAGUACAGGUUGUUAGUGCUUUGGCUUCCACUGCUUUGCCACGCAGAAAACGGCCUUUCGUAUCCAGUCUUGACCGGAUACGAGAAGAUCGAAACAGAGCGAACCAUAGACCAAGUCAUCGCAACCUUACCAUCAGCGGAACAAGAAGUAGUGCUCACGAAUUGGCUCCAAGACUUCUCCAUUACUUCCUCAGAUUGGCCGAAUCUCCAGACAUCGUACGACCGCUGGUGUCACUCCACUCGGAUAGUCCUCAUUGAGGAGUAUGAGUGAGCUAGCCUUGUGGCUGAUCGUGAAUCGCGAUAUAGAUAUUGGUGUAUCUUUUAUACGUUGUAAUAAUAGUAGGAGGUUCUUUAACAAAAAUGAAAAAAAAGGAGGGAGAGAAUAGUAGGAGGGUGGCAGCAGCUCUCUUUUUCUGCACGCGAGCAUUUAGUUAUCUACUACAGUACUAUUGAAGCAUAUAUUGGGUACUAUCCAUAGUAGUCGUGAAUAUCCCACGAAUAGGCAUGCAUGUAAUUC